AUGCCACUGCCUCAGGAGUCAGAUACAAUCCGUGCGGCCCUGGAGACCCGGCUGCUCAAGUUCUGCUCGCUCAACCGCCACCGGCUCAGCUCGAUCGUCCGCGAGCUCUCGGCCCAGUUUGUCCACCUCAAGCGUGCCACCCAGUCCGACAUCGCCCAACAACCAAGGGCAACAGAAGAACGGGAGAAGGCAUUUGGCCUGCCGAUCCAACGAGCUCCCCCAUUGUUGAUUCCGGUCAAAUGGCUGCUGGGACAGCCUGUUCAUGACAGCUUGGACGAGCUCAAGGAUCCGUAUAUCCUCUCAACUCUUCUGCGCUCCACCAAUUGCCCCAAGGAGCUCAUCAAGCGUCCUCAAGUCUCACAGCACGAGUCGCUCCGCUCGAUCAAAUUAUCUUGUUGGUCCAAGGGUCAGCUCAUCCAUCGCACACAGCCCGACGGACCCAACCAGCCCAUGAGCUCAUCGGAGUUUCACGAGCUGCUCCCAAGCCAGCCCUGCAAGCCGUUGCUUUGGAGGACCGGACUGAUUCUCUUAUAG